CUUGUCGAGAGUGUUCAUUCCAUCAUUGAUUCUUUGAGUGAAAUUAUAUCACAGGGUCAUGCAGUAUAAUUUUACAGAAAAGAAGUUUCAAUUUUUACGUUUAUGUUGUAUUUUAUAUCGAAAGGCAUUUAGCAACGCUAAUGUAUUUCAGAAAAUUGUUAUUGUCAUACAGGCAGAAAUUUGUUUGGUGUUGGCUGCACUGAGAACUGGAAUUUUUGUGCGAUGAUAGGAAUUUAUAUUUUCAAGUUGGUGGACAGUAAUUGCGUAUGGAAAGUAAUGUAUUAAAAAAGAAUACGCAUAUAAAUAUACAUGAUUAAUAGUUAGGUUGACAUUCGCAACGAAUGGAUAAACACCAAAGAGGUUAUGAGCCAUUGUUUUGUAAAGUGUAUGAAAAUAAUCGAUUUGUAUUAAUGGCGUGGCCAGCACUUUGUUUCUUUAAGAUCCAAGAAAUACUGUUCUCUCUUCAAUGCUUUGGGUUUCCAUGUGAUCUAUUCCCGGGCUAUCCUGAUUUAAGCUGUAUGUGCUGUUCUUUAGUCUCUCCAAGCAUAUGUUGUAACUGCUUUCAAACAGGCCAUGACUGGUUCCCUCCAAAGCAUAAUUUACAAGCAGAAUUCAAUUCCCAGCAAGUUAGGCCUUUUUGCCGUAACGUCCAGAAUGACUCUAGAUCCCACCCAGUGCCAUUCAAUUGGUACCAGUGUUCUUACUUCAAGGAUAAAGCAGCUGGCAUGUAAAGAGGACCACUUACCUUCCUCCACUGCUGAGGGUAAGCAUUUGUGGAUCUCUACCUCCACUUCUUCUUAUGUCUGCAUGGAAUGGUGCUGAGUUAAGCACAAGGACAACUUUACUUUUACCUUUACAUUUGUUAAGGUGUGAUUUGAAUGCCAGUAGAAGGAUAGCUGUAGCAGAAACAAAAUGGCAGAAUCUGCCGAAAAGGAAACGUGGCAUGAGGAAGCUAAAGAAGAGCAGCAGUGGUAUUACGAGUUAUUUGGGGAUAGAGACUGGGAUUCUUACAAGGAAGUUGAGAUGGAAUAUCUGGAAAGAAAUGUGGGGCAUGCCAUAUAUGGUCCUCCGGAGAAGCUUCCAGAUGAACGUACAAAUGGCAACACGGGUUACGAAACAGAAGAGCUGGAACACAUUCGCAAGGUUUGUGCCACAAUCAAAAAGCAUGGCAGGAAUUUGUCCAAGUGCAAUGACUCAGAUAUAUUGAUGUCCGUGAUAUUUGUGUGCUUGAACGUCGAGGAACGUUCACGUCGAGUGGCUGUAUUCAGAAUCCCAAGAUAUGACCCUGAGGAUAAAUCAAAACAGUGUCUGAACCAGUUUGUGGACCAGAAUUGUCGUGUGUACGAAGACUGGGAUGACUUCCUCAGCAACAAUCUGUUGCCCAAGUGUACCUACUGCUAUCCAGCUGGAGGUGUUUAUGAUGGUGAUGAGAAUGAUAAAGUUCUGCUGGGAUUUGGCGAGACCCCAGCAAGUAAAGCUGUGAGCAAAGUAUUUUCAGUGCUGGAUACAGCCAGCACAGUAGUAACGGUCGGUAGUAUGGUAGUGACUGGGGCUGCAAUGUUUGCUGCUGUGGCACCUGCUGUCAUAACAGCAGCCACUGUUGCAAGCAUCGCGACAGGCGCAUAUGGAGUCUGCAGGGGUACAGCUACAUUAGCUGACAGGGGCAAGCACAAACAGAGUGUUGGUGUGACAGAUGCAGAAGCUCGGAACUGCUGGCUGUCUGUCGCUGGUAGCUCAUUGGGAGUAGCUUCAGGGCAGGCUGUCCGAGCCCUUACCAAUAUGACGCAGAAUGGACAAGUUCUUUCCAAAGCUGGCCGAAUUAUGGUGAAUACCCUCAAUUAUGGCUCGCUGGCCGUGAAUGGACUUGGAUUGGUAAAUAGCUUUGUUGAGCUUACCAAGAAAUAUAAUUCGGAUAAUCUGACAAAACUCGAGGUGUUCCAGUUUGCGUCAUCAGUCCUGUUCUUCAGCAUGUCGGCUGUCAAUAUACGUACAGCCAGUGCCAUCAUCAAGGAAACACAAAAUGGCAUGAUAAAUAAGUUUGAGGAGAGCUUGAGGAGUAACAGGCAUCGACGUAUGUUCCGUCAAGUUGCCAAGCAAACUCGAGGCAAAGACGGAAACACCAUGCGCGGCAAUGCAAAGGUGAUUAGAGGCAUUACUCAUAUUGACAAUAAGGAUGACUUCUUUGCUGGUCUGGUGCGUGUUCAAAAGCAACUGAGCAAGAGUGGAGCAAAGGUGUCUUUAACAGAUUCAGGAUUGGUGGAAAUUAAUGGUGAGCUGCAUCUGCAUCCAAUGAAGUUUUAUGACAUUGAUAAGGUCCAGCGUCAGGUGAUACUUGACGCCACCAAGAACCUCAGUGAGGGAACCUGGACCCAGGAACGGUUUAAUAAGACGGUGAAAACAUUCAGUCAAGAUCAAGAAAUUGUGUUCAGAUCCCAGCGGACUGAAACUAGGGCAAAUAUUAAUGAAGCUAUUGGUUCGUGUAAGGAUAACAAGAAAACACUUUCUAAUAAGGAGAUGGUGUCCAAUAUGAAUGGGACACAGAUGGAUACUCUAACAUCUCUCUUAUGGGUUUUCUCAAAGGAACACCACAAGGAAAUCUUAAAUGUAGCACUUCAACUGUCAGAGUGUCUGGGUUUCAAACGAAUGGCUGAAUUCAUUUGUGUUGUUCAGUUUGUGGUUGACUAUGUCCAGCAGGUGUCGUCUGAAAUGGAAGCUAAAUAUCAGGCAGAUUUGCAAUGUGCUCAAAGUUCACAAGGAGAUAGUUUUAACAAAGCACAGUUUGACUGUGAAUAUGACAUUCAAGGAGACAGAAUGAAGCAUUUUAUAACAGCUGUUCUCACUAAUUACAACACUCCAGAGGCACUCACAUAUCUGAAGAAAGCAUAUGAGCGCAUAUUUUGUGAAAAAGCAGAUAUAUCAAGAAGUGGAGGUAAUGCAGAAGAUGUACCUGGGACAAACAAUUCUUCUGCAGGUCCUCCUAAUGGUAGCAAUUCUGAUUCUGAAGAUGCUUCAUCAAGUGAGAAUGCUUGUGGUACGGAUGAGGUUAACAAAACUUUUAAAGAAGCUGAUGACGGUUCUCAGUAUCUUUACAAGUUUUGUUUUCGUUGUGUCCUUUUUUUAUUGUUUUGUUCGGUCUCUGUGUUGAUGUAUCUCAUUGUGUCUUAUUGUUUUUGUUGUGUCCUUUUGUUUAUUGUUUUGUUCUGUCUCAUUGUGUUGAUAGAAGGUACAGUCACGUUUGUCUUUGUCCGUGAUCCUUAUAUCGAACCAUUGACAGUAAUGGUGAACAGCAACACGUGCACUAAUACUGUCACUGCUAACAUUAUGUUUGACUAG